AGAACUUUCUCUACCUGCUGCUCUGGCACGUUAUCCCAUUUUUCCAAAAUUCCUCCCCAGGAUAGAAACUGACUAAAAAAAUAUUAAAGCUCCUCAUUCAACAAAAUCAACAGGGUAGAUCAACAAAACAAAUGAUAAUGCCCAAAAAGUCCACCCAAAGUAGUUGAGCUAAACCUCCAUUACAUUACCCCUUCUUACAUACUUACAUCACCCAAAGACUCAUUCAUCCCCAAACUCUUACCAAAUCCACAUUACCCUCUCUCCCUCCCUUCAUGUCCGGAGAGCCACGGCCGUUGGAGAUCCACCUGAGGGUCAACUCCAAGAGAGGCACCACCAUGGUGCACCCCGUGGCGGCGGCGGAGACGGUGGAGGUUCCGAUUCAGUACCCCAGAGAGGAAGAAGUGAAGCAUUACAGAAAGUGGUUCUCUUGGCUGAUACCUCUCUUUGUGGUUGCCAACAUUGUUAUGUUUGUGAUCACUAUGUAUGUCAAUAACUGCCCGCGUAACUCUGUCUCCUGCAUUGCCUCCUUCUUGGGUCGCUUCUCCUUCCAGCCCUUCAAAGAAAACCCCCUCUUGGGCCCUUCUUCGUUGACGCUGCAAAAGAUGGGGGCUCUUGAUGUGAGCAGAGUGGUUCACAGACACCAGGGGUGGCGCCUCAUCACUUGUAUGUGGCUACAUGCUGGGGUUUUCCAUCUGUUGGCAAAUAUGCUGGGUAUUCUAGUCAUUGGAAUUCGGCUUGAGCAAGAAUUUGGGUUUGUGCUAAUUGGACUGCUAUUUGUCAUAUCUGGAUUUGGGGGGAGUUUGCUUUCUGCUCUGUUUAUCCAGUCAAACAUUUCUGUUGGUGCUUCUGGUGCACUUUUUGGCUUGCUGGGAGGCAUGCUUUCAGAACUCAUUACUAACUGGUCUAUAUAUGAUAACAAGCUAACAGCACUCCUCACCCUUGUGAUCAUCAUUGUUAUCAAUCUAGCAGUUGGAAUUCUCCCACAUGUGGACAAUUUUGCUCAUAUUGGAGGCUUUCUUACUGGAUUUCUUCUCGGAUUUGUGUUUUUGAUACGUCCCCAGUUUGGAUGGGUUAACCAACGAUAUGCUCCCCUAAAUUAUUCUCCAGGACGAGUGAAGCCUAAAUUCAAGAAAUAUCAGUGCAUCUUGUGGGUCUUCUCCCUGAUCAUUCUAGUUGUUGGGCUUUCUGUUGGGCUGGUUGCACUUCUCCAAGGUGUUGAUGCAAAUGAUCACUGCUCCUGGUGCCAUUAUCUGUCUUGUGUUCCAACUUCAAAAUGGAGCUGCCAUACAGAGGCAGCAUAUUGUCAGUCAAACCAACUUGGCAACCAGUUGAACGUAACAUGCUCAAGCAAUGGUAAAUCCAGUACAUACUUCAUGCAAAAUCCAACCAGUUCCCAGAUCCAGCAAUUGUGUACUCAACUUUGUAGUUGAGCUUUGACAAAAGUGAUGAUCGUUGGAAUGAGAUGUUCAUUUGUUCAUAUUAGUGUUUCAGGUUCUCACGAAAAACUGCACACUGCAGUGCUCUUUCGUUUAUACCUUCUGCCUUACAUUUUGCCUUUGUAGAUUUGUUCAUUUUCUUGUGUACAUAAUAUUUUGCUUGAUUUGCCUUUUUUGGGUACCUUUGUGUGAGAUCAAAGUUAUACUUAUAGAUGAUUAAUGUAUCACCCUAACUUGUGUUUGCUAA